CAUCUGCAGAGCCAUGGCCAAGGACCAGAAGACCACCAAGCGUUCCACUCUCGCUGACGUUGUUACCCGCGAGUACACCAUCCACAUGCACAAGCAUGUCUUUGGCAGAUCCUUGAGAAAGCGUACUCCUCACGCUGUCAAGGCCAUCAAGGCUUUUGCCGAGAAGGCCAUGGGCACCAAGGAUGUCCGCAUUGACCCCGCACUCAACAAGGCCCUCUGGGCUCGUGGUGUCAAGCACAUCGAGCACCGUAUCCGCCUCAGAAUCGCCCGUAAGCGUAACGAUGAGGAGGAUGCCAAGGAUAAGCUCUACUCUUACGUCACCUACGUUCCCGUCGCCAGCUUCAAGGGUCUCGAGACCACUGUUGUCGAUGACGAGUAAAGAAUAUCUUUUCAUCUCUGUCAGAAUUUGAAUUUUUACUUUAUUAAUAAAGCAAACUCAUCAUAUACAUACACACAUACAUGCUAACAUUAUAUAUAUAUAUCAUGCUAUGUUAUUCUUUUGGGAU